CUUGAACUAACACUCAAACCCUCGACAUCACAGGCAUGGCGUCGACGUUGGAUGUAGGGGCAAAGUAUGACUUGAUCACGCGGAGGGUGCAAGAGGUUCUGGGCGGUGACUUGAUCAAGGCUAUUCUCGCAGAAGGUAGACUGCCAAAGGCUUACUGGGGUACCGCACCGACUGGACGGCCGCACAUCGGUUACUUCGUCCCAUUAACCAAAAUCGCUGAUUUCUUGAGAGCUGGUGUGGAGGUCAAGAUCUUACUUGCUGAUGUACACGCUUUCCUCGACAACCUAAAGGCUCCCUUAGAACUUGUCGCACAUCGGACAAAAUACUACGAAUUUAUCCUUCGCACCGUCUUCACCUCAUUAGGGAUACCCACAUCAAAAUUAAUAUUUGUUCAAGGCUCAGAUUACCAGCUUACUCGCGAGUACAACCUCGAUAACUACAGAUUGUGCGCAACCGUGACAGAGCAUGAUGCGAAGAAGGCUGGGGCCGAGGUUGUAAAGCAAGUCGAGAGUCCACUUAUCAGUGGUUUGCUUUACCCUGGUUUGCAGGCUCUUGAUGAGCAGUACCUCGGCGUUGACUUCCAGUUCGGUGGAAUUGAUCAGCGUAAAAUCUUCACAUUCGCAGAACUCUAUCUUCCUCGAUUAGGCUAUGCCAAACGUGCUCACCUCAUGAACUCCAUGGUUCCAGGUCUCAUGGGGGGCAAGAUGUCAUCUUCGGAUCCAGAUUCGAAGAUAGACUUCCUUGACCCUCCCGAAGCUGUCAAGCGCAAAAUCAAGAAAGCUUUCUGCGAGGAGGGAAAUAUAACAGAGAACGGACUUCUCGCGUUUAUUAAAGCUGUUCUCAUACCGAUAAGUCAGCUUCGCAUCGAGCGUCGGAAGGGAGAGACAGGCGUGGACAGUGAAGAAGGCCAGGGUGCCAUUGGCGACCAAAAUCCAUUUGUAGACGAUGACGCACCGGAGGGGACGGUGUUUACCAUCAGACGAGAGGGCAAAUUUGGUGGUCCUCCAAGUCAUUACAAGGAUUAUCAGGAGCUGGAGGAUGAUUUUUCAGCGAAAAAGGUUCACCCUGGUGAUCUCAAGACAGCUGUAAACAAGGCGAUUGAUAGCUUGUUGGCGCCGAUUCGGAAGGCUUUUGCUGAAUCUCCAGAGUGGCAACAAAUAGAGAAAUUGGCAUACCCAGAUCCAAAUGCGAAACCGGAACCUAAGAAGAAAAAGGAAAAGGUGUACCAUCCGCCUCCGCCAGGGAAAGGCAAGAAUGCUCAGGUAACCAAAACCUCUACCGAAUCUAGUGAACCGCCGCCACCUAUCAGCGAAGAUACUCAGCCGGGCGCUGCUGGCGAGCUCUAGGAUAAUUUUAAUUAGCCAUGAG